UGCUGCGGGUGAAAACGGCGCGGCUGAAUCGUGCGCUUCAGUAACAGGAAUGAACUCAGAAGAAAGAGAUAAGUAUUGGCGCAUUUUCCAAGGACUUGAGCCGAAAAAUGGCUAUCUGGAUCAAGGGAAAGCAGUCCAAGUGUUGAAGAGCAGCCGUCUGCCAGACUCGCAACUUGAGAAAUUAUGGGAUCUGGGAGACAUCGACGACGAUGGAACACUGGAUUUUGAUGAAUUUUGUGUCGUCAUGAAAAUCGCAUUUAGGCUGAUUAAUCAUGAAUUAUCUGAAGUGCCAAAGCACAUCCCAGAAGAGCUUGUCCCCGCGUCCAAACGACACUUGGUUGCAGCACGAAACGCACUCGCCGGUGAGGACAACAUGAAAAGCCUCGUGCAGGAGGUCGUAGAUGCAGACGCGGAUCCAGACGACGAUGAGCUGCGCGAUGGAUUCGAAUGGUACAUGAGCCCGAGUGAACGUGCACAGUACACGCAACGGUACACAGAGUGCUGUGAUGUGCACGGCAGAUGCACGUUUGAUUCACUCGCUGAUCGGUAUCCCAACACAAGGGUGCCGGGUGUGUGUGUACGUCGGGCCUGGCGAAUGGUAAAUCCCAAAAACGGGCAGACCAUCGACAAAGACCAAUGCCUUGUCUUUCUUCACAUACUCGAGAAGCGAGUUCUGGGCUACCGAAUCCCCCACCAGAUGCCCGCCAAUUUAAAGGCUAGUUUACGGCAUGAUCACAUUGACUACCGGGUAGAGCAUGCAAACACAAAGUCAAUUAACGACCAGGGUGCUGCUUCUCAGUCUCGGGAUGCUGGAAAAGAUCGUUCCUCCUACUCGACAACUCCCGAACACACGUCUGAUCGUGAUUGGGAACUUGUUGUUCUGAAACGGGAACUCGAUACGUACACGAAACGGGUGGCCCAAGAAGAAGAAGCAUUGUUUGAAUCGGAAAAGCAGGUUCGGGAAUUACAGCGCGAAAAGAGCCUGUUAGAAAAAGCACAGAAAAUUGCUCCCCUGGAUCAGCAGACUCGGCAUCAUCUGGAGGGAAGUCUUGCCUCACUGGAAAAGUGUGCUGAAAUGUUGGAGCAGCUACUUCGUAGAUGCUCUGCCAAGUAAAUGAAAGGAAACAGAGUCGUGAGAAUUAGAGGAAGCGUGUAUUGUGCUUCGUAUGCUGAAUGUGUGCAACUAUUACUUCUUGCUGCGGUUGAAAAACAAUUUCUUGGUGACCCAUCCAAAAAGUGCAGCACCCGAAAACACUGUACCAGCGACAAUGGCCAUUCCGAUGUAGCCGUCUGUAAGCGAAAAACUGUUAGUAAGUGUUGCAAAGACACGCAUACACACACUCUCUACUCCAUCAAAGCCGCCCUCUCCUUCAUACAAACCUUUUUUGACGUCGUGAUGAAUCAUUUCUCGAAGCAACGCAGCUUCGUUGUUCUUCGGUUCCUUAGCAAGAAACAUAUCAAUAUACCGGCGUGCCUCGUCGUAUUCAAAAAGCUUGUAGUAAGCCAGGGAAAUGUAAUACAGACACUCUAGUCUUCUCUCUGGAACUUCCUUAUAGAUACUUGAAAACAAGUUCAGUCCUUGGCGUUGUUGGUGCUCUGAGCUUGAACGAAUCAGUACCCAAGCAAGAUUGAACUGUGUCUGAACAGAGACAAUGGGUUUCUCCUUGUCAUAGGACUCCUUCACCUGUAAAUACUCUUCAACAGGAACUUCACGGCGGACAGCCGUAGGCGGUGGUAAACGAAUAUGAAUUUCUGAAGUGCUCAUGAUGAGUGAACUAAAGGACGUGUUAGCAGUACGGUUUAUGUUGAAUUUCCACGCGUAUUGC